AUGAUAAUUUAUAUAUUAUUUUAAUUAGUCUCAACCUUUGAUCUUCCCAAAGAUACAUACCCACUUAGACAAAAUGAAUAAACUUUGAAAUAUUACAUUAUUAUAAACAAGGAAGAAUACACCAUAGAUUUAAAUAAUGAGUUUAGUGUUACUGAUAUUAAUGGAAUCAAUCAAGAAUGCAAUGUUAAUUAUAAAUGUCAAUAUUGCGAUCAAUUCUGUCGAUAUACAUUUAUAGAUUGGUUGGACAUGGAGUAAAAUGGAACUCUUUAAGAAUCAGUGAUAGAGAUUGAAAAUAUUAAAGGAGAUAAAUAACUCGAAGAAUUUAUAGCUCUACAUUCCAUUAAAACUAAUUAAAUUGGAUUUGGAAUGAGAAGACUAUGUACCGAUUUAAUUAUAUAAGACAGAAAAUCAUUAGAAUUUUACUUUUCCAUAAAAUACCUUAGUAUCAAAUGUAGUUUCAUUGUGCUUCUCAUCUCUAGGCUUCAUUCAUAAAUCAAAAUAGAAUAAUCAGUAAAACGCUAUAACAAUACCUUAUUUCUAACAUGAGAAUGUUUAUUCUUUUAAAUUUAAACACCUGUAGAUAGGCUUAAAUGCAAAUAUCAAUAUUGAAAAUGUGACCAUUUAGGUUGAUUCUCUAAAUCCAUUUACAGAAUUACCCUAAGGUAUCUUCAAGUAUUAAAAUCAUUAAUAAUAGUGAAUUAGCAAAUUAUUACAAGUAGUUUGGAUUCAGCAUUGUGAAUCAUGGAUAUUUAAGUCUACAUGAGAAAAAAUUUAUACUAUAAGAAAUAUCAGCAAUUAGAUUAUAUAUAAAUGAAACCUUUUAUUUAGAGUAUUAACCAUAUUAAUUUUUGUACUAUUCAGGAGAUUACAUAUAACUCCCUUUUAAGCAAUCGAAGUAUGAAAUUUAACUUAUUUAUAGGAAGAAAUCUCUCAUAUUAGGUGUAACCUUUUUACAUAAUUUAUACUUAACAAUAAAUUAAAAUGAACAGAGUUUUUCAUUUUCAUAGAUUGAUUGUUAAAGCUAUUUAGUACAAAAUAACAGUAUCUUCACUUUAAAUUCCGUAAUGAUAACAUUUGGUGCUCUGUUAUUAAUUGCAAUUUUAUUUAAAUUAUGCAAAAAGUCUAAACCAUAUAAUAUUAUCAAUCAAAACUAAGAAGUUGAAUUGUAAAAUUCUACAGUUGAUAGAGAAAAAGAAGAAGAAUAACAAAUAUGA